AUGGAAAACAAAACAAAAGAGAAAAAUAAAAUAAUUCCAAGCAUUGGACAUGGAAAAUGUUGAAAAGGCAAAUAGACUAUUCAAACAGUGUCUCCAUCUUUAAGAAUAAGUAAAAAAUUAUCAUCAUGUUAACAGAGAAAACAUCAUAAUCUUGACUUAAUCUGAUGAUUUCUCUCAAUUUUAACCUGCUCAUCUUAUCCAAUUCAAGGAUAACCACCAACAAAUAAACACUCCAACCUUCACCUCUUUUCCUCCCACUCCCUCAAUCCACCCACUCUCCCUUUUCUACCACCUCCAAGUAAAUAACCAGCUCUCCAUUUCUCUGUAAUGAUUUUUAUCUGUUUUCUUCAAUCAAAAUGAAAUCAAAAGAAAACAUUAAUGUCCAAGUGAACAUAAACAAUCCACAAUGAUUAAGAUGGUCGAUGCUGUGAUUAUCCAUUUCAACAAUUUUCCUUAAUCAGUUGAAAUUCUGUGUGAAUUCAUAAAUUCUGAUCGAGCCAAGUUCUUGAAAACAGUCAAGUCACAUUUUUGGGUUAAAAGAAUUGGAUCAAAGUGACCCAACAGUUAUCACUCAGUUGGACAUUUUCUCUCUCUCUCUCUCUCUCUCUCUCUCUCUCUCUCAAUAUUAAUCCAGUUUCUUCAUCAUUUCAAUAUCACUGAUUUAACGAUUGAUAAACAAUCAAACAUUUUGAUAACAUUUUAAAUUGUUGUUUACUUUUUGUGUCAACAACAAGAUUACCCAGUGAACCUUUUUUUCCUGGACUAUUUUCUGGUCUAUUCUGUAUUAUUAUCUCCAAGUGAUUAAUCACAAUCAUGACCAUCACAUACUCAUUAUCGGUUGCGAAUGCAAGAUUAACGGGAUUUAGUCGAUUGUUAUUAAGGUGGAAAGGAUCAAUUUAUAAGCUUCUUUAUCGAGAGAUGGCAAUUUUCUGUGCUGCAUAUUAUGGCCUUAGUGGAACUUAUCGUUAUUUGUUAUCAGAUUCUCAGAGAACACUUUUUGAAAAAUUAUCUUUAUAUUGUGAGGCAUUCACACAUUAUAUCCCACUCUCAUUUGUACUUGGGUUUUAUGUCACUCUGGUGGUUGGACGAUGGUGGCAACAGUAUAUGCAAAUACCCUGGCCUGAUAAGUAAAAGCUUAAUCCUGAUCUCAGGUCAUAUUCAUGGUACCGAUGAGCGAGGACGAAUGAUAAGACGGACACUUGCUCGAUAUUUACUGUUGAUGCAAGUGUUUACCUGUCAGGCAGUUUCGAUUGCGAUUUUUAAACGAUUCCCGACAUUAGAUCACAUCGAAGAUGCGGGUUUUAUUACACCGGAAGAACGUGAGGUUUAUGAACGAGUUCCAAGUGACCAUGGUAAAUGGUGGGUUCCAGCUCAAUGGUUUUCUACCUUGGCCAUUAAGGCUCGAAAAGAAGGUCGAAUAAAACAUGAUAUUUUUCUUUAUCAAAUUCUAGAGGAACUUCAUAUUCAACGAGGAUAUUGUGGUAUGAUGUUUGCUUACGAUUGGAUAUCAAUUCCUCUGGUUUAUACUCAAACUGUCACCAUUGCCACUUACACUUAUUUUUUGGCUACUCUUAUGGGCCGACAAUAUCUUGACCCUGCGAAAGGUUAUCAGGGUCAUGAGGUUGACCUUUAUGUUCCAGUUUUCACAGUGUUGGAAUUUUUUUUCUUCAUGGGUUGGCUUAAAGUUGCUGAACAAUUGAUUAACGGUUAUGGUGAAGAUGAUGACGAUUUUGAUCUUCAUUGGUGCCUUGAGAGAAAUACUGUCCUCUCUUAUCAUAUAGUUGAUAAUAUGUAUUCAAAUAAUCCGAUAAUGACUCGAGAUAAAUUCUGGGAUGAUCCAAAGCCCAUUUUACCUCAUACAAAAUCAUCAUUGUCGUUUAGGCGACAACCAUUUUUGGGAUCAGCUAUGAAUUUGAAUCUUGAUCCUGAAGAGGUGGAAAUUGUGACAAUGCCACCGAUUGAUGAGGAAGAGGAUGAUGAACAGUUGUACACAUCGACUCCAGCAUCACCGAAUCUCAUUGAGAUUGAUGCAAGUGAAGGUGGUGGUGGAGAUGAAGGAGGAGGAAGAAGAGGUGGAAGAAUCUCUGGUGCUAUUAAUGGGGAAGAAGUUUCAUCCAGGAAUCGAUUCUUACCUGAUUUACGUCCAUCUAGACUGAUUAAUAUGAGAAUAGGUCAAUCGUGUGACAAUAUUUCGAAAGGUCCGUCCAAUAGGCCUGGAAUUCAUGGGGAAAAGGGAGGAUUUCUUUCACUUUUUCCACCCUUUCUACUUGAAACUCCACCACAAAAGCGCAACAGAACCAUUUCAUUGGCUGAAUCAAUGAAUCGUAAUUGUAUCAACAUGCACGAUAUGGUGGGUGGUGUUGAUGGUAGGACUAGUAGAGGUGGUGUAAGUGCUGGUGGAGGUGGUGGGGGAACUGAUACUCCAGUUAAUUUACAUCAAUCGUCACGUGCUGGUCUUCCAAUUGUCCAUAGUGAUAUUGGAGUUCGAGGUGGUGUUCACAGUUCAACUGGAUUAUCCAUUCCUGGUUCUCAUGAUCUAUCCCAUGGACCUCCAAGUGCUAAUCUUAUCUAUCGUCCAUCUCCGGCCAUUUCUCGUAAAGAUUCAGGUUCAAUUGAUAUAAGAUCAAUGAAAGACGAAGAUCUCAACGAUUUGUCCACUUCAGCUUCAUCAUCUCGUUAUCGUUUAUCAUCAAUUGAAGCUAAAGAAAGUUCAAGAUUUAAUCAAUCAUUUGGACCUAAAACCCAAACGGUUAACCCUUAUUUUCCUGGUCAUCUGAGUUUACCCAUUCAACCAGAUUCACCGGUUGAUCAAAUUACUGUUAAUAAACUGACCAGUGAAUCUCCGCUUCCUCCAACCUCGAUAACACCAAUUAACAGAUCAAAUAUCGAUAUGGAUUCACCUUCAUCUGAACUUUCUCGUCGAAGUUCAAAAGUUCAUUCAGUUACUGAAGAAAUGGAAGAGGAAAAUGCUGAAGAUGAUGAAGAUGAAGAUAAUACAUUAAAGGUAGAAAUAAUUAACAAUGAAUUCACCCCAACAAAUAAUAUCUCCGAGAACAAUAAUAAUAUUAAUAAUUCUGGGAAUCGAGUCUCAAUCAACAUCGGCUCAUCUUCAUCUUCAUCCUCAUCCUCAUCAUCCCAAGAUGGAUACUCACCUUUUGCAUCAAAUGAAAAUACCGUUACAAGUAUAACUCAAUUAAUUGCUGCUGAAAAAAAGUUAGAAUCAAAAGGGAAAGAAAUUAACUAAUCGUUAACAAUUAGUUAAUUUUCUUUGUUUACUUUUUAAUUUCUUUCAUCGAAAGAUGAUUUUACUUUUCAAUCAAUAAGAAAACAAAAAGUUCAAAGUGAUAAUUAAUUAAUUAAUUGCCUCUCAUUGAUUAAACAGUUUUAAAAACAAUUAUUAUCAACUAAACAAAGUUAAUCAUUUAAAUUGUUUCCUUUUCUGACCAAAUUGCUAAUUAACUUGAUUGUUUCUCCUUCCCUCCCUUUACCAUCAAACUAAAUUGUAAAUAUAUUAAUCAUCUUGAUUGUUUAUUUUACUCAAUCUGUAA